GUCAGGUCGAGAAAUGUCAAUUUGCUCUAAACAACUCUACCUUCUAUAUCUACAUACCUUGAUCUGAGGUGAUUCUGUAUUAUAUUUAUUACUGUUUGAGGUGGUAACAAUUCAGCGCCUAUACGGACACGGCAGCUUUGACUGUAUCGGCGUCACAGGCGGAGCCAGCUUGCAUCCCCGAACAAUUGGUUGAUCGAAGAUAUAGGAUCGUUCCACUUUUUUGCCGAUUUGCAAGCAAAAAUUCAUCAAGAGCACAGCAGAUCGAGCUUCAUCAAUGUUUGCUAGAGACCCAACCAACCAUACUGACAGCGUCCGGAAUAACAUUGCCUGCGAGAGCGAGAUCACCAUGACCGAAACACUGUCUUUCUUUCUCACGCUGCCUAUGCUCAGAAGAACUGACGAACGAUAUGCCGGACGGUGCAAAGAUCAGUCGAAUGUUUGUGAGUCCGUGUUGGUUGUCAGCGCUUUUCUUUCAAUCAAAACAUAACCGAUCAGACCGUUAUUGUGAGUUAACGAAAUAAAGAGUUUUAAAAAAAUUGAUAAUGUCUCGUAGAACGUUUUUUAAUCGACAUCGGCGUACGGGAAACCUGUACAAGUUGAAUGCUAAAAGGCUGAACCGACUGAGCAACUUUGAUGAAUCCUCUGAUGAUGUUGAUACUAUUGACGAUGGAGCAGGAUUCAGUGCGUGGAAUGCUCCUUCAGCAAAUUUACAAUCAUCCGGCGAGGAGGCGAAUUCCGAGGAUCCUGAGGAAGCAACAGCUCGGCACGGAAAAUAUGGGGACAUGUCGCUGAAAGAAUGUCUUCGAUACUGUGCUUUGGUGAAAGGGAUCCCUCAUGAAACCAUGAAUUUAAUUCUGGACGUUCUCCGAGAAAAAACUCCUUAUAAUUUACCUAAGGACGCUCGGACACUAUUAAAAACGAGCCGAACAGCUGCAUCAAACAUCAUCAACGUUGAAGGAGGGUUGUAUUGGUACAAAGGCGUAAAACAGUGCCUUUUAAAUCGUUUCCGCAAUACGACUUUACCGGCAGAGUUGUCGCUCAACGUAUCAAUCGAUGGGUUGCCGCUGCAUAAUAGUAGCCCAGCUACAUUUUGGCCUAUACUGAUUUCCGUACAUGAAAUGCCCUUGGCUCCUCCAAUGACGGUGGCUAUCUUCCACGGGAUAACAAAGCCCCCUAGUAUCGAGGAGUUCUUGCGACCUUUUGUGACUGAGCUAAACGAAUUAGAGGAAUUUGGAUUGACUAUCAAUAAUAUGCAGCACGAAAUCAAAGUUCGGGCUGUAAUAGCAGAUGCCCCGGCAAGGGCGUUUUUGAAAGGUGUUGCUAACUUUAAUGCCAAGCAUGGAUGCUUGAAGUGCACCUGUGUCGGUGAGCAUAAUUCUAGCUCGCGUACGGUUGUCUUCACUGAUUGCGAUGCACCGCUGAGGACAGACUCCUUAUUUCGACAAUUUGCGUACGGGAUACAUCAUAAGGAACCAUCCCCUUUCCUAGAUUUACUAUACAUAGACAUGAUAGAAGAUAUAAUAAUAUCGGAUCGGUUACAUUUAUUAGAUCUAGGAAUUAUGCGGAAACUUUUAAAAGGAUGGGUUUUAGGGCGGUUAGGGCAACCCAAAUGGUCUACUGCCACGUGCAUCGCAUUUUCCAAAGCUCUGAAAGCGAUAAAAUUGCCUAACGAAAUACACCGUUCCUUCCGUAACAUUCAGGACAUAAAUUAUUGGAAGGCGUCGGAGUAUAGUUCCUUCUUGCACUAUGCUAGUGUAGGAGUUUUGAAGGACUACAUUGCUGACGACCAAUACAAGCAUUUUAUGUUAUUUUUUUGCGCAAUAACAAUUUUUUCUUCCAAUGCUUACAGAUCGUACUGGGAGUAUGGUGGGCAGCUUUUAAAAAGUUUUGUCACCCAAUUCCCUCAAAUUUAUGGGACCAGGUACAUGACUAGCAAUGUGCAUAAUCUGCUGCAUGUGGUUGAGGAGAUAAAAAAGUUUGGCCCUCUGAAUACUCUAUCUGCGUAUCCAUUUGAAAAUGAGCUUCAACAUUUAAAGCGCCUAUUGAGAAAUGGAUGGAAAAACUUACAUCAAAUUGUAAAUCGAUUAUCUGAGCUUGAAGAUUUUCAAAGUCGAAUGAAUCAAGAUGCUGUUCCUUCGCAAGUCAAUUUGACAAAGCAUGGCAGUGAAGUAAUAAUCGAAUGUAAUGGAUUCAAGUUAAAAAAAAAGUUUCAAGACUCGUGGUUCCUCACGGCUGAAAAUCAGGUAGUACAGUAUAGCAGAGCUUUAUAUACAUCAAGUACAUCAGUGGUAAUCAUUGGAAAGCGUUUCAACGACCAUUCACAUUACUUUGAAGAACCUUGCAAUUCCACCGGGCUUAACAUCUGCCAUGUAAAUAUAAACAGUAAAAAUAUAAGUAAAAAUGUCGAGUGUCAUCCAGAGCAUAUAAAAUGCAAGUUAGUAUUAAAUAGAUUAGAUGUUGAAGGGAAUGCUGUACUAAUUCCUUUACUUCAUACUUUAAUGUAAUAGUUUAAGAUGUAAAUAUAAUUAGGUUAAACAUAUGUUUAGUUGUUAUGUAUUUUUGUUGCUUUAUUAUAUUAGGUGUAUGUUGAAAAUAAAACCGAAAUACGUAACCUGUAAUAGAUUUGAUUAAA